AUGGAGAUAAGCAAGUGUUAUGAUAGGCUAGUGAAGGAGUUCCAAGUCAAUUUGUCUGAUGAUGUUGGCAAUCCUGCCAGUCCUGAAUUUAGAAAAGUCUAUGUGAGGGGUCAGUGUGUGAAUUUCUCUCCUGCAAUCAUAAAUAAAGCACUCGAGAGGAGUGUGGUUGAAUUUGUUGAAGAAGAACUCUCUCUGGACACCAUUGCUGAAGAAUUGACUGGAGAAAAGGUGACGAAAUGGCCUGCCAAGAAGCUUCUCUCUACUGGAUAUUUGACUAUGAAGUAUGCAAUUUUGAAUAGGAUUGGAGUGGUGAAUUGGAUUCCCUCUAAUCAUACCUCUGCCGUCUCUGCUAUGCUGGCCAAGUUGAUCUACCGUAUAGGAACUGAGAUUCAUUUUGAUUUUGGCUCUUUUGUAUUUACUCAAACCCUGAAGCAUGCUGAGACUUGUGCAGUGAAGCUUCCUGUCUCUUUUCCUUCACUUCUGACUGCUAUCAUACUGAAACAACAUCCUCAUAUUCAUGGUGUGAAUGAUUCAGCUUCUGGAACAAAGAGUGUUCUUUCUGAAUUGAAAGAUAUUUCUAAGGAGUUGCAAGAAACCAUCAGGGUUGCUGCUGCAAGAAAGCUUAAGGUGGAUGCGUUGAUUCAAAGUCUCAAGGAGGAAGCUGGUCAAGAAGGUGAGCCUGCAGCUGCUGCUGAGAAGGAAGGAUCUGCAGACAAUGUGUAA